AUGCCCAGGGACUGGGAGGCUGGGAGCCGGACCUCAGGGCUUGAGGCGGGUGGGAUUCUGUGCCCCCGGGCAGGAGGCGGGGUGCGUCUCCUAGGACAGGCCCUGGGUGCUCGAAGGGCAGCCGCCAGGCCCACGAGAGAGAGCGUGCUGACCUCGGGCCGCGCGGCGGGCAGCUACGCCUCUUCCGCCGAGUACCAGGCGGGGCCCGGGCGCCUGCGGCUGCGCCUGGUCAGCGCCGAGGGCCUGCCCCGCUCGAGAACCGGGCCCGGCGGCGGCGGCGGCGGCUGCUUCGUGGUGCUGGGGCUGCGGCCCCGCCUCAGGCCGCGGGGCCAGCGGAGCCGCGUGGUCAGGUGCAGCGCUAACCCCAUCUUCAACGAGGACUUCUUCUUCGACGGGCUCGACCCGCCGGACCUGGCCGCCCGCAGCCUGAGGGCCAAGGUGCUGGACAGGGGCGCGGGGUGGCGCCGGGACGUGCUGCUGGGGGCGUGUGAGACGCCCCUGAUCGCCCUGCUGCCCCCCUUGGAUGGGGGGCUAGGUCUCGGGGCCUCCCUGGCGCCUGCCCAUCUCAGCCUGUAGACUGAGACCGUCUCUUCCUCAGGAGCUCUCCCGCCGGGCCUGCAGCCUCCAUUUCUUCCAUCGGCCUGGCAUGUAUUUAUUUUUGG